AGGAAGGAAGAAAGAAAGAAAGAAAGAAGAAGGAAGGGAGGGAGGGACAGUGAAGCAUUCAGAGACAGAGGAGAGUCCAUCUUUGAGGCCAGGGUUUUGGGGUACCGUGCCAUGCAGUGGGUCUGGGUCCUGGGCUCCCUUCUAGCCCUGGGGUCCCUCGGCGCUGGGAAAGGCCAGAAGGCUCUGAGGAGGAAGGCGAUAGGAGGCUGGCCAGAUGUUCAGGAAGAGGAAGGAGCAAGGGAGUCCCUCGUGCUCAAGCACUUACAAGAGGCCCUGGAGCUGGCCCCUUUCCAAGGGCCAAAGAGCACUACCCCUGGACCUUCUGAGGGGGAGGGUGCCCAAGGAGAGGAAGACGAGGAGGAACCCACCGCCGCUCCCACCCCCAGCCUCACCCCAUCCCCGACACCUGAGGAUGCAAUUUCUUACAUCCUGGGCCGCCUCACAGGGCUGGAUUCUGGGCUGCACCAGCUGCACGUCAGGCUCUACACCCUGGAUGCCCGGGUGGCAGAGCUGUCUCGGGGGCUGCAGCUCCUAAGGAAAGAGGCCAGAGACACAAGGGAAGUCCUGGAGGCCCUGGAGGAAGGCCAGAAGCAGGGGAAACGAGAUCGGGGACGUCUGGAGGGCUGCUUGAAAGGCCUCCGGCUGGGUCACAAGUGCUUCCUCCUGUUUCGAGACUUCCAGGCCCAGGCAGCUGCCCAUGCCCAGUGCGGGCUGCGUGGGGGCAGUCUGGCCAUGCCUGCUGACCAGGCCCAGAUGGAGGGCCUGACGCGCUACCUGAAGGCCGCCCUGGCCCCCUAUAACUGGCCCGUGUGGCUAGGCAUUCAUGACCGCAGGGCUGAGGGCCUCUACCUCUUUGAGAGCGGUCAGAGGGUCUCCUUCUUCGCCUGGCACCGAGCGCCGCUGGACGGUGGCCCCGGGGCUCCCACGCCACAUGGUCCAGGCCACCCUGCCCUGGGGCCUGACCAGCCCAACGGGCGAGAACAAGAGAAUUGUGUGGCCCAGGCCUCCGAUGACGGCUCGUGGUGGGAUCACGACUGUGAGAGACGAUUCUACUACGUCUGUGAAUUCCCCCAGUAGGCCCCCAGGCCGUCACCCCUCCUUCCUUUCCUGCGGAGCCUCUCUGCCUUACCACCUCAAGCCUGCCCCAGCCUUCCCCCUUCCCCGAGCACCCCGACCCCUUCCCUCUUCCCCACACCUGGUGCCUGAUGCAGGGCAGGACCCACAAGGGCAGCCAGGAAACACCCGCUAACCUCCAAGGAUAGAACCAGCGAGCUCCCCAUCCCCGAAGUCUGAAAGCGGAGGCUGGAGGGUCUCGUGUCCGGAAGGCUACAAGAUGAUCCACCUGGACAAGACGACCUCCUAGGUAUUGGGAGUUUAUCGUUCAGGUGUGAGCAGCAGCCUUCCCGCCCAUCACCCACCAAGAGCUGACUCGUGGGGGAUACCCCUCUGGGCUCCUCCCCCACCCCCGCCCAUAGGCCCAGGUCCCUGCUGCCUCUCCCUCUUGACCCUUUCUCUGCCUCCCCUUGGGAUGGGGGGCAUGGGUAAGGAAAACACUGGCGCUCAUCAAAAAUCUGUGCAUCCAAGGAUGGAAAGGGGUGGCUAUGGUGCCAAAAAGGGAGUGGCCAGCAGGAGCAGGGAGCAGGAGAAGGAAGCUCAGGAAGGGGCUUAGGAGUCGACAGACCCCCCCCCACCUUACCCAAGUCCUUUCCUUCCCCCCCCCAGCUUCUUUCCUCCUUUAUGAAAUA